UGGUAGGGGUGCACAGAUCGACUGAGAAUAAAACAUACUCUCGAAUCUCAAACACAAUCAUGUAUCGUUAACAAUCCAUAGAUAUUAACACGAAAUAAUGUAGGAAUAAGAGUUAAUCACUCUUAGAUGAUUUAUAUGCAAGAUAACUCGGAAUAUUGUCCUAGCACCCCCCCCCCUUCCAUGGCGCAGGGAUACAGACUGUACAGUCGCUUGUAGAUUGCAUUGAAUGAGCUUGUUUGGCGUUUCUCUUGAAGCUUUGAGGACAUCCCCACACAUUCCGUCUAACGGAAAGAUACCGCAGCAUCUUUUGUUUUCCUCCGCUGGGUAUCAAGCUGUUUCCCCUGCUGACAACCUGCAGCGGUUGGAGGACAAGGGGGACUCAGAGUUGCCCAAUGGACCAGAGUCUGCCAACACCUGAGCUCUGAACAGAUCUGCUGCCUCCAGUUGUGGGCGAACAAAGGAGGCAGGCUGUGGGGCAGUAGGAGCAGGGCAGCAGUAGGGGCUGAUUGAUGCUCUGUGGGGAUGAGACCUGGCUGUUGAAGGCCAGUGGAGACGGCCCCCAUUCUCCGCUCGCCUGGCUUCAUGUGCGUGCCUGCAGGCUGCCCUACGCGCAGCAGCAGAGCCACCCCCCGCGUCAGCCACCACGGCGGCCACCCCGAGCCACCCAGACAUGCCCACCGAGACCCUGACGCCGCUGGCAGAUAGCAAGCCCCCCGGCCACGGGGCGGCCUUUGCCUCCACCGUCCCCCUGCGCAUACUCAACAAAGGGCCCGACUACUUCCGGCGCCAGGUGGAGCCCAACCCUAAGCGGCUGAGCGCUGUGGAGCGGCUGGAGGCGGACAAGUCGAAGUACGUCAAGAGCCAGGAGGUCAUCAACGCCAAGCAGGAGCCUGUUAAGCCCCCACUGCUGGCCAGGCCGCCUGUCUGUCCUGCCGUGGCUAAGAGAGGGGCGAAUGGGGGCGGUGGUGGUGGGGUGGACCUCAAGGCAUCCAACAACAACUCCAAGUCAGACACAUGCACCACCACCAGCAAACGGGAGAACCUCAACCUGGAGAUCCUUAAGAACCUCCUGAACAGCUCCGGCUCGACCUCUGAGGGCCACACUAAGAGCGCUACUCUAAAGCCCGGGGCCAGGAGCUGGGCCCCCCACCGCUCCAUCCCCACCACAACGGACUGCUCUGAGCCCACCAGCCUCCGUUCCUUCUCCGAGUCCCUUAAGGUGCCUCCCCCUGUACCUGGCCGACGGAGCCCACAUGGGGGCAACGCCCAGGGGAGCAACUUGAACCUCAGCCGCCGCCUGUUGGAGGAGCGGGGUGAGGGCGAUCGUUCACCCCUCCACGCCUCCCACAGCUCCUCCGACAUCCGCAGGCUAUGCAACGGUAAGCCACUAAGGGCGGCCCGAAGUAGCAGCAGCUCCGCACCUCCCUUACCCCCCAAACCCAGCCCCAAAGUCCUUGCCCCUCUCUGCGACAACGCCCCCCAAGCCUCUGAGAGGGAAGCCAACCCCACGCUGCCCUCCUCUGCCGCUCCAGCUGAGCAGUUGGAGCUAGAGCUGGGGAGCUCUGUGGCCCGCCGGCCAUCCCUGCAUCGCUCCAAGUCGGACCUGAGCGACCGUUACGCACGAGCCGGCGCCGACGUGGAGCGCUUCUUUAACUACUGUGGGCUGGACCCCGAGGAGCUGGAGAGUGUGGGCGUAGAGAGCUUCGCCCGUGCCAACUCCGACAUCAUCUCACUCAACUUCCGCAGCGCCAGCAUGAUCAGCUCGGACUGCGACCAAUCACGGCACAGCAACGAGGACAUGACGGACGAGGAGGAAGAUGCGAGCGAACGCGUGCCUUACGGGAUCUCGGCCGUAGAACGCAACGCCCGCGUCAUCAAAUGGCUGUACAGCAUCAAACAGGCACGCGAGUCGCAGAAAGUAUCUCAUGUCUAAAACUGAGGGAAGAAACAAACUAAAAAAUAUAUAUACUACCGAUGCAAUGAAGGUCUUUGGACACUUGCGCACUGAAUCUCUAUGAAUGUCAAUGUAUUGAUCUGGCAAGGCACCCGUGGAUGGCUCUUGCGGUCGCUUUCGCGUUCAGUGUUUGUUGUCCUCUGAAUCUGCAUGACUCCUUUCACCCAACCCGCCAAUGCGGCCUCCAGCUAAAGCAGCAGGUUUAGGAAAAAAUAGCCUUUUUCAAGAUGGCUGCCGUUCAGUGCCGUCUCUUCGAGCAGCGCAGCUCUCUCAUCGUUUUGCUUUCUCUGUUUAGACCAGCAUUAUGAUGCCAGCUCUUUUUAGGUGUGUCUUCUUAAUGUCCUUACGUUCUGAACAACACUAAGCCUGGAAGCCAUACGGGUGUGAAUGCAGCGCUUCAGUGUGUAACCAGUCUUUAGUCUGAUAAUUCUCUCUGAUGCAUCUGAGCUUUGUGUGUGGAAAAAAACUCCCCUGAAAAAAGGACUGUGGAAGCAUGGUACAGUCCAAACCUGCCUCACCCCUUUGGUACCAGGAGAGUUUGUUUGGUACAUUCCAGACCCAGACCCUGCCCCCUUCCUGGGGAAACCCCAGCUUAACCCCUCUCUCAGCAUUACUAUGGUGAUAACAUUCAGGCAGCAUCAUGAAACCAUUCAGCAUUACGUGGUUUUUGCAUCUGUUUAGUUUGUUGUCCAUAAUGUUCUUAUUGACAGUUGGAUUUUGUGGUACUGGCUUUUCUUUAAGAUCUGUGUAAAUGCUGUAAGAAAAUGUACAUACAAUUUUUUUUUAAUUGAUUUUUGUCAAGAGGGCGCCUGUCAAGCUAACUUACUACAUUGUUCAGUCUUCUCUCUGGGCUUGACUGUGAGACUGCGUCAAACCCUGUUCAUCAUCAAAUGUGUAUGACGUUGUUAUGAUGACAUACAUGGUUCAGUAUAUGGGGGUUGGAACUGUUACAGUACUUCAAAAUUUAAGGCAAUUAAUUGUUUUCAAUGUUAUUUUGCAUUAUUUUAAUAAAUGUCUUGUUUUGCCAUCUACGUUGAAAAAUGUGAGUAUUAUUUCAUUAAAAUUAUAUUUGAUGAGGAAA